GAAAGGGAUUACGAUAAAGGGAACUAGAAAUUUUUUUUAAAAAAAUUGAGGAAGUUGCAAAUUGCAACCUUGCCUUGGAAGUUACAAAUUUCCUCCUACCCUUGCUGAAUCAGAGCAAACGCCAAAAAAAUCUCCAAAAACUUUAGGGGGGUUUUAUAAUUCUACAUUUUUUAAUUGUUCUGGACUGGAAGGGUGGAUACCAUUUUUACUUAUUCUACUUCAACUUCUCCCUGCCCUUUUUUAUUAAUAACUAUUCCCAAUCCAAACGCCAACACUUUCCCCAUUUUAUCUUCUCUUUGGACCUUUAGAGUCUGGUUUCGCGUAAUUUGUCAGCUUUUGGGAUCUUCUUCGUUUUCUGGCCCGGUCGCCAAUACCCUUGAUACAUUUCAAAGUCGGCACAUUGCCGCACCUGAGUGUUCGCCAUGGCCUCAUCCAAUACCGGCAAGGCUGGAGUAAUUAGAGCUCCUGAAGGUGCCGGGAAAAUGGAUCAACUUGCGCAUGCUGUCCUUGACGAUUUGCUCUACAAUAUCGUUCACGAUUUAUUAAUGCAGACGCACCGAGAGGAGAAGAUCGCACGCGCCUCAACCGCCGCAAUUCGCGUCGAGAAGCUAGCAGCCGACACCUCAGAUUCCUCCGCCCCCGACGCUCGACCAGACGUCAAAGUCGAAACAGAUGCGGCUAUCUACGACGAAGGAAAGGUAUUAUUGAAGGGAAACCCGCUAGCUACCACCAAGGACAUUGUCUGCCCGAGAUGUCACCUCCCAAGAUUACUAUAUCCCACAGAUGGUAAGGGGGCGAGGAAACCCGACCCGAGCAUAAUAUACUGCAAGAAACACCCCUACAUCGACAAGCCCGGCUACGAUAUCUACGGCCAGACGUGGGUUGCACAAGGUCCAGGGAGGGGAAAGAAGAAGAAGGACAUGGAGAAGAAGCUAGAACAAAACUCGGACUCGCAGACGCCAGCCCCAGAGGGAGGAACAGGCGGUGGAGGUGCUGCUUCGCGGCCCCCCAACAUGCUCUCGUUCCCGUCGGCAACCUGCAGCAAGUGCAAGCGCUGCAUCCUGGUUACCCGCUUAAACAAUCAUAUGGGCUCAUGUAUUGGGAACAGCGGCCGUAAUGCUAGUCGUGCUGCCGCGCAGAAGAUUAGCAAUGGCAAUAACGCCAACGGAAACGCCGAUGGGACUCCGCCGUCUAGCCAAAAGGGCACCCCACGUCCGAGCUCCAGAGCCGGCAGCCCUCAUAAGAAGCGAGAUAGCGAUGAGAUAGACGAUGACGAUGAAACGGACAACGACUCGCACAAAAAGAAGAAGUUAAAGCCCACGCCCGCAAACGCGACCAACAAGAAGUUGAUUCUUAAGCAUAAGAAUUCCUCGGGCAACAAGAAAGAAAAAGUCAAGACGAGCUCCUCGUUGAGUGUGGAACAAAAGGUGGACGAUGACGAUGCGGAUGGAUCCACAGUCGAAGUCGCCCCCAAGAAGAAGAUAACGAAGGUGCCUAGCCCAGCCAAGAAGCUGAAAUUGGGAGCGUCUAAACCGCUACUAUCAUCACCGAUGUCCAAGAGCAAUGGCAAAACGUCUGCUCCUAGCGGUGGAGGGGAUGACGAUCGUGAGUCUGAAAGCUCAGGAACACUAUCGUCACCUCCGGUUGUAUAGUCGAGGAAUAAUUUCUCGUCGAGACGUUAGACAAACUACGAUACCCUUUCAUCAUGAACAUGAAACAUCAUAGAUCCAACGAGGAGUUUGGGGGAACUUCCUCGGCCUGGCACCUUCUCAUACUUUGUACACUGGCCACACAUCAUUGCAUUUAGGGGGUUCCGGAGCUAUAGCUAUAGCUAUCUUGACAGCGAGAAAAGGGGGGAAGGUUAGGUAUGUUCUGCAUCUGAUCCGGGGUAGGAACAUCAGGCGUGCAUCAUUAUCAUUAUUAUUAUUAUCAUCAUCAAACUGUACCUUUAGAACGCUUCUUUUGCACAUAUGAAAUCCAGGCCGUUUCAGCGGCUAGUGCGAGGACUUAUUUUUAUAGUUUUCUCGUACAUACCAAUAUACCACGAA